ACCGACUCCGGCCAACUCUUCUCCCGUCUCAUUUCCUUCCACAAAUCGUUGAUCCUUUUGCUACUACCUAUUCUAUUAUUAUGUGAUCGAAUUUCUCCCCCCAUUAGCCUCUCAUUUUCCUGCGACGAGUCAAUUUAACAACAUCCACACAUCUUUCAGCAGCCCAUCAUGCCUCCCGCGAAAUCAUCCCGCAAUCACGACGACAAGGCGGACACACCCAAUUCCAAGGAAAAGGGUGGGAAUGGCCAUACCUCAACGAAGAUGCGUCGUAACGCCAGCCAACAGAACCAUUCUCACCUUCGCGAGGUCCAAAAUGCUACGGCCGCUGCUCCCCCUCAACCGCCAGCUGAGCCUUCUCCCCCUAGUCUGCACUGGGCCUCCUUCGACCGAGAUGUCCUCCAUGCCUACCGUCGCGAGCAUCGCCUGAACACACCGAGCUCAUUCUCGAGCCCAUACUGCCAAUGGAUCCUUUCGCAGCCGAAUGGCAUCGGCAUCCAUUCUCCAACGAUGGUUCGACGCCGACAAGCUCGUCGCCAGAGCAAAGACCAGCUGGCACUCGCCGUGCGUAAACAUUUUAAUGGAAUGGGCGUGCAAGAGAACGACGUAAUAGUCGACUUUAUUUACAAGAUUCGUCACGAUCCUAGUCGCAUCUCCAAACCAUACGCGGGAGGCAAGACCCCGACUUUUGCAAAAUAAGGGCGCUUAUAAGCGAUGGAUUUUACGCAAGGAACGGUUACAUUGGUAUGGAGUUUUGGCGUUUCAACGCAAGCGUUACAGCACUUUUGCUUCCAGCGACCUGCGAAUUUUCUUUUUACAAAGGGCUGCAAAGGCAUACGGGCAUGAUUGCAUUGCGCAUACGGGGAGACUCACGACAUAGGCUUGAAUGUCUUGCGCGGAUUCAGAUUACGUCAUAAGGAUACCACUUUAAGCAGAGCCGGAUAAUGGCUUUAAACUAUGUUUCAGGGUACUCUGAUACCCAAAGGUUCAUGAAGGAUUUAAGGACUAUGCGAAUACUAUGGCACUAUUAUUCUCUUAUAUCUGUUUCGUUGUUUUGUUAACUGCGA